AUGCCAAGAGCUAAAACAUUUUUAUGUGCCCUUUGUUCAAGCACUCAUAAAUCAAAAAAAAGCUCUCCGGACACAAACAUCCGACUAGGAUUUAAUCGAACAAGUAUAGGUCGUCGCCAUAUUCAUAUAGACUUAUUCUCUGAGCAUAUUUUUGCAUAUUUGUUUAAAAGUGAAACAACCUUUAGUUAUAAUCCCUUACAACGCAAAUAUCAAUGUUAUUUUGAAGGAGUAGGAGGUGGACAAAAACUGGGUUUACUUUUAAAUUAUUCCAACUGGGAUACUAAAUAUCAUAAAAAUGGCCGCACGAGAGGUUAUGUUUGCAUGAAUAAUUCAGAUGAGAAAUAUAAAAUCAAAUUUUUAUGGCGUGAAAAUAAAUUACAACAAGAAUCUUAUGAAUUUUUAUGUGGAUCUCUUGUAGGUGAAUUUUAUGUGACUUCUGGUGAUUUUAUCGAACAUGAAUUUUCCAAUCCAACUUUACAGUCUGAAAAUGCAAUGUUAGGGUUACCAUUAGAAUUUAAUUAUUCUAUACAUUCUUUUAUAGAAUUUUUAACAAUGUAA